UGACAACACAAUACUGGCUAAACCCUCCCUUUUGACUGUCCGGGGAAGGAAAGCUCAUAAUCUCAGCUCUAGAUAGAUAUUGAGAGAGAUCGGCAUGGGAGAUGGCAAUACAAGCAGCAGAGGCGGAAAUUCCAAUAGCAGCAAUCGGCCAGAGUGGCUGCAACACUACGAUUUAAUCGGAAAAAUUGGGGAAGGAACUUACGGCUUGGUUUUCUUGGCUAAGAUCAAAGCUAACCGCUCCAAAUCUAUUGCUAUCAAGAAGUUCAAGCAAUCCAAGGACGGCGACGGCGUUUCUCCCACCGCCAUUCGUGAAAUCAUGCUGCUUCGGGAGAUUACACAUGAGAAUGUUGUAAAGCUUGUCAAUGUUCAUAUCAACCAAGCUGAUAUGUCCCUUUAUCUCGCUUUUGACUAUGCUGAGCAUGACCUUUAUGAAAUUAUUAGACAUCAUAGGGACAAGGUCAAUCAGGCAAUCAAUCAGUACACAGUCAAGUCCCUUUUAUGGCAACUGCUUAAUGGUCUCAAUUAUCUUCACAGUAAUUGGAUUAUACACCGAGACCUAAAGCCAUCAAAUAUCUUGGUAAUGGGUGACGGAGAGGAACAUGGAGUUAUUAAAAUCGCUGAUUUCGGCCUUGCAAGAAUUUAUCAGGCUCCAUUGAAACCAUUAGCUGAGAAUGGGGUUGUAGUGACCAUCUGGUACCGUGCACCGGAGUUACUCCUUGGGGCAAAACACUACACUAGUGCAGUUGAUAUGUGGGCUGUUGGCUGUAUAUUUGCUGAGCUUCUUACUCUAAAGCCACUAUUUCAAGGGCAAGAAGUGAAAGGAACACCAAACCCGUUCCAGCUUGACCAACUUGACAAGAUAUUUAAGGUUCUCGGUCAUCCCACACCGGAAAAGUGGCCAACACUGGUAAACCUUCCACAUUGGCAAUCUGACGUGCAGCGUAUUCAAGGACAUAAGUAUGACAAUCCUGCACUUUAUAGUGUUUUGCACCUGUCUCCCAAAAGUCCUGCAUAUGACCUCCUUUCUAAGAUGCUUGAAUAUGAUCCUCGCAAAAGGAUAACAGCAGUGCAAGCUCUCGAGCAUGAGUACUUUCGGAUGGAACCUCUACCUGGCCGCAAUGCACUUGUACCACCACAGCCUGGAGAAAAAAUUGUGAACUAUCCAAUUCGACCCGUGGACACGACUACAGACUUUGAAGGAACAAUUAGUCUUCAACCUUCUCAGCCAGUAUCAUCAGGAAAUGCAGCAUCUGGUGGCAUGCAAGGUCCCCAUGUAAUGCCGAAUAGAUCUGUGCCCCGACCAAUGCCAAUGGUCAACAUGCAAAGGAUGCAACCUCAGGGCAUGUCUGCUUAUAAUCUUGCUUCUCAAGCUGGCAUGGGUGCUGGAAUGAACCCGGGAAACAUGCCCAUGCAGCGUGGUGUUGCUGCUCAGGCACAUCAGCAGCAGAUGAGAAGGAAAGAUCCAGGAAUGGGAUUGCCUGGAUACCCUCCACAACAGAAAUCUAGACGGUUCUGAAAGUCUUUUUCAGCGACAGUCAUGCACAUACACAACUCUGCCAGGUGGGUUCAGGAAGAUUAUGUAACUUAAGUCUGACCAUUGGUUAAGUUUUCCCACUAUUUAUGAAGCAGAAGGAGUCAAUUGGCACUAUUGUUAUGUCAGGUUGCGGAUGGGACUCUCUUAUGGAUCAGAUAUAGCUCCAUAUCAGCUUUCACUAACGACAUCACUGAUGGUCUGCUCUGCCAUGACCGCUACUUAACUAUAUGAACCGCAUAACCCAUCUAUAGAGUUGUAUAUAUGUAUAUAUGUGUACGCCAACCAAUUAUCCAUGUAUCAGGCAAGUCAUCUUAUUGUCUUCUUCUAAAGCCUCAUAUGACCCUUUAUUGCUAAUCCCGUUAACCUGAAUCAUAUGUAGCAGAUAGUGUUGGGUAAAAUAUGAAUAUUGUGUAUAGCGUGUUUACGUAAAAAUAUGAAUUUUAACAUUUACAACUUUAGGGUCCAGUUUA